AUGAUAUUCAUGUUUUUCUAUAAGUACUGUUUGUAUGAUGAACUCAUACAAAAGGUACCUUUACCGUUGCGGUGUUAUUACCUUUACGGUGUGGCGCACUCACUAAUGGGAGGAAGUGAGAUGCGCUUGGCACGGUUACCCGUUUCAGCAGCUACAGAAAUUACCUUCCGCGGAUUGAUUUUGAGCCAAGCGGCCCUCAUUCCCUACUUUGAAUCAGAGGUUUAA